AUGGGAGAGGUGGACAAAACAAUUUUGUCUGCCUCCUGCAGCAAAAUCAAGCCAACCACAUUCAGGUCUUGGACGUACUCUGGUGAAAUCAUCAAAGUGACGUGUGACGAUGAUCCGACGUUGGAAUGGCUAAAAAUCAAGGUACCAACCUCAAAAACAUGGGAACGAGCAACACCAGCAGUUGUAAGAAUGGACAAGCUCUCCAAGCUCACCAAAGCCUAUCUCUGGAUCCCAGGGGAAGCCCAAGCUGACCUUGACGAGAAAGAGGAUGUGCUCAGACGACUUAAGGGACAAAAUCCAAACUUGCAAGUGUCGAAAGUAACUAGUACCUGUGCGGAGAGUGAUGUACAGCCUUUAGUGGAUCUUACAGUUAUGCGCUUAUCAAUAUUCCUAGAAGAGAUUUUGAUAUCAUUGAAAGAACAAUUCUACAUGCAAGGAUUCGUCUUUUUGGCUUAUAAAUUGCCAGUGAAAAAAUACAGAGAGAAAAACAGAAACGGAAAAAAUAUUGAAAAAGAAAGAAAUCUGGAAAUUCAGAAAAUAUUUCGAAAUGAAACUGGUUUUGGCAACACAAAUGAUGGAAACACGAGCCUAAAAUUUUUUGAAGACCCGAAAGUGGCUUCCAAAAUAAUGGGCAGUUAUGACCUAAUUUAUAAAUUAAAGGUCAUACUAGAAAUGAUUUCUAGCGGACAUAUAACUGAUCCAAAAAAAUAUGACAAAUACGCAUUUAAUGCUGCUCGCUUAUAUGUGCAGCUAUACUCUUGGCACCCAAUAACACCAACGAUGCACAAAAUACUUGUUCAUGGUACAGUUAUAAUAAAAACUGAAUUGUUGCCUAUUGAACAGCUGUCUGAAGAAGCCGCGGAAGCACAUAACUCAAGUACUAAUCUUCGAGUAGCAUUUAGAACCUCUGAUCAAAUUAAUGUUUUCAGAAGUCUUGGUCUUCCGUCAAUUCUUUUUGGACUAGAUAUUGUUCCAUUAUUAUCGUAUUAUUUCCAUACUCGUGAACAGGCUUCUAGCACAAAAAUUGACCAUGCUGCGGCCAUAAAUAAUACCAACAGUACUGUAGUGGAUUUAGGACAUUCGCAAAAAUUUACUCCAAAAAAUAUAGUAUCUGCAAGUGCUGUAGCCGGUGCCUUACAUAAUGCUAAAGCACUUGAAAUCUGCAAUUCUGCAAUAAAUCUUGAAAAUCAUGGUCCACCCAAAAAUCUACCAAAUAUUGGUUAUAUGUCAAGAAAGCCACUAUUAAUAGGAUCCCAACAAAAUUCCAAUGUGUCUGGGCUCAAAGCUGCGGAUCCAGUAUUAUACGAAUACCAUUAUCAUGCCACAAAUUUUGCCGUGGAUGCUCCUGCAGAAGAAUUAGAAAAGCACUUGCAAAAAUAUGCACCAAGUGUUAAAGUUCAAAAACUUAAUUCGCGCAACCCAACUAAACAUUCCUCUUUUAAGAUCUCUUUGCUAAGUUCUGAAUCUAAUGCAAUUCUUGAUUCAAAUAUAUGGCCAAGUCAAGUAAUUCUGAAUAGGUUUUUUCUGCCAAGAAAAUCUCCAGUCAACACAAUCUGA